AUGACUCAGACGCAAUUCUGCGUGAGGACUUUAGCCUCCGUAAUACUUUUGUUACUCACCGGAAUAUUGCGCACGAAAGGAAGUCAUUCAAUAUCAAAUAUACAAGGUCACAACGAACCUGAUGAAGUGGGACCGCAUUUUUUGGCACAACUAACAAAUAUUACCGUACCACAAGGUCGUGACAUAUCUUUCACUUGUGUUGUUGAUAACUUGGGACAAUAUCGGGUGGCAUGGAUUAAAUCAGAUUCAAAAGCAAUACUUGGUAUACAUACACAUAUGGUAUCUCUAAAUCCAAGAUUAUCAGUGACACACAAUGGACACAACACCUGGAAACUUCACAUAUCCCACGUGCAGCUAAAUGAUUCUGGCAGCUACAUGUGUCAAGUGAAUACAGAUCCCAUGAAAAGUCUGUCGGGAUAUUUAGAUGUUGUGGUUCCACCUGAUAUCCUAAACCAUCCUGAUGAAAAUAUCGAUGAAGGUGUUAGCACAGAAGGAGGGAGUAUUUCCUUACUCUGCAGUGCCACAGGUGUACCAGAGCCUAUGGUUCAAUGGCGACGGGAAGGCGGCAAGGAUAUUAUAGUCAGAUCGGAAAGUAGAGACAAGCAAGCAUUCAAGUCAGUCGAAGGCGAGCGACUGACUCUCACUAAUGUUCAUCGUACGGAUAUGGGUGGUUACCUUUGCAUUGCAUCAAAUGGAAUUCCACCUUCAGUGAGCAAACGCUUCGAUGUUCACGUAAAUUUUCCGCCAACUAUUAAGGCUGUCAACCAAUUAGUGGGAGCUCCGGUUGAACGGGAAGUAACAUUAGAAUGUAUUGUGGAAGUUUAUCCAAAACCUCUAAACGGCUGGUACCGCAACGAAGGUAAUGUUAAGUUGCAUAAUAGCAACAAGUACAACAUCUCAGAAGCUAUGAUUAAUCUGUACAUGUGGCACCUUAAUUUGACGAUACGGCACCUGGCAAAAUCUGACUUUGGAGCUUACAGCUGCUCUAGUGUAAAUGCUCUAGGAAAAAGUGAGACACGAAUUCGACUGCAAGAAUUACGAUUACCGCCCAAGUCGACAACGACGCCAACACCUCACGUGCAUACUACGGCGAAGCCGCGUCGGAAGCAGCAGCCCAGCCACAACAAGGGACUGAACGAAGUGGUGCGUGCCAAGGAAACCCAUUUCUCAAAUCAAAUGCAGCAAGAGAACGAUGUAUUCGGCAGCGGGAUUGGUGUGCCCCAGAGCCCCAACGGCGGUGGUGGUGCCGGUGCCGGUGGUAUUAUGGCAAGUGGAAACGUCAACGGCAUGAUAAACGGAGCGGAAGGUAAGUUACGAUUUAGAAAAUUCCACAAAUACAUGCUGCAGCACAAGCAUAGAAUGAAGUCAGGCAUAAGAGGUAGUUACAAACACUCACAUCCACAUCUACCGGACCAGGGUAUACUCUCAGUCUGCAUACACAUGCGACGCCUCCAUCCAUAG